AUGGCUGCCGAGAAGAGAACUCCACUACUGGCCCGCUUCCGAGGGGCGAUUCAGAGGGUAAGCUUCCUGCUGUCCUUCGACGCCACCAAGUGGAUCGUCGUCUCCCGCCUCAAGAGAUCGCCGCUCGGGCCUCGUCCGCUGAGCUUCCGCGCCGCCAGGCCGAGCUUGCUCGACUGCACCGAGGACUACUACGACGCCGGCUCGUCGUUCUCGCUCUCGAGGACGGCGAGCUUGAGCUCGCCGGUGUCGAGGACGACGAGCCUGAGCCCGACGGUGUCGGGGAUCUUGAGGUCGACCAGCGACGCCGCGUCCUGCGGGGACGACGUCGAUCAGAGGGCGGAAAGGUUCAUCGAGAGCUUCUACCGCCGGCUGCAGAUGGAAAGGCAGGUCUCUCUCGAGCUAAGAUACUGCAAGGAGAAGAGCUUGGAGAGGACGGUUUCGGAUUGA